GUUCACUCGCGGUUAUUAGUCGGCCGCGCGCGCUCCGGCAAGCAUGUGUUUCGCGUGACGCGCUCUACUACUCCGCAGCACGUUCGAUUUCGUUGAGUCGAUCGUGGUGCAGCAUGGCUCCGCGACGGCAAGGCGCAACCGGCGAACGGGAAUCAGAGGACACUCAUGGGUGCUGCGUGCCCGGCGAAUGCCUGCGCCCCCGGGAGCCCGUCCGCAUCGAAGACGCUGUCCGCGUGCUUUGCAACAAUGACACGUGCACCGCCGGCCGGCAUAUGCACAGAGAAUGCUUCGAGCAAUGGGAAGGAGGAGUUCUUGCUUAUCUGAAGUCGUGUGGCCGAGCGCGAUCAUGGUCCGAGCGGCAGCGGCAUCAGAAUCUAUGGACGAAGAAGGGCUACGAUUUGGCGUUCAAAGCUUGCGGCUGCCGCUGUGGACGCGGGCAUCUGAAGAAAGAUCUAGAUUGGUCACCGCCUGGCGCAGCCAUAAGAGCAGAAGAAGAGAAAAAGAAACGUCGACGAGCUAGAUCUAGCCGCACGCCGGCUGCCAUUGACGUGCGAUCAAGAGCUUUCAGCCUGUCGAGUUCAGGGUCAUGCUCUCCACCUUCCGCGCCUUCGGAGCCAUCUACGAGCCCUACUCACGCUCCGCCAAACCCUAUGACUCCCGCAAAGAGAAAUUCUAAACCUGAAAUAGUAUCCGACAGGGUCAGAGCUGGUGCUGGGGCAAACGGAAUAUUUUCAAGAAGACUGGACUUUUCCACUUUCAACCUUUUGCCGAAGCAUAAAGUCAACUCAUAUCAGAUUAAGAUCGAAGACGAGGGUAACCAUGGCAACGACGAUACCAGGCUCUUCAUCCUGUCCACGCUGGCUGGUCAGCACAAGCCGAGGGUGUCCUGCGCGCUCUGCAAGGAGACCCUGCACGUGUUCGACCGUUAUCCCCUGGUCGAUGGGACCUUCUUCCUUAGCCCACGCCAACACACUAGCAGCGCUGUUGAGGUGAAAGUGGAAGGUCGCACGCAAUAUCUGACCUGCGUGUGCAUGGGAUGUCUGGAGCGAUGUGACCCAGAGCGCACUAUCCGCUGCCGGUUCUGUGGCCAGAAGUGGGAUGGCUCAUCUUUGGUACUGGGCACUAUGUACUCGUAUGACAUCUUCAUGGCCACUCCGUGCUGUGCUGAACGAUUGAAGUGCAACAACUGCUACAAGCCGCUGCUGCACCCGCACCAGCGGCUGAACUACUCGGACUACUCGCACCCGGUGACGUGCCCGCACUGCCGCGUGGUCGACACGCACUUCGUGAAGCCGCUCACGUACUGCUUCACGAAACGGGCCUUCCCGCUGUUCCAGCAGUGGCCAUAACAAACGGCGGUGCCGGGCCCCUCCCCCGGCACCCCCCCCGAGCCGCGGGGCCGCUCCCCGCCCGCGCCCGCGCUGCGCCCCGUCGUCAACACG